AUGGCCAUCUUAGAAGAGAAUCUGUCUAUGUUGGAGGAAACAUACGAGGGAACGGAUUUGCACCUAGCCUCAAAGCUAGGGUACGAGGUACAUGCAAAGAGCAUGAUCGAGCUCCGUAAUGCCUUAAUCAGUUCCAUCAACUCCAAAGGUGACACUCCUCUUCAUCUUGCUGCUAGCUUGGGACACACCAGCAUCUUGAUUUGGAUGUUAGAGUCCAUAGAAUUGCAUAACGCAUGCGAGACAAAAGCCCUAGAAGUUCCAAAACUUUCAGAAAUGAGGAAUAAUGAUGGCUUGACACCUCUGCAUUGUGCGGCAAUGAAUGGUUCAGUUGAAAUCCUUAGGGUAUUUCUCGAUAAGUUUCCCUCUUCUUUCUACUCAGUCACAUUAGAAAAGAAAGAGACUGUGUUUCAUGUAGCUGCAAGACAUAAGAAGGACGAAGCCUUCAUCUUCAUGGCAAAGAGUGACAAGUUAGGUCAACUUCUCUACCAGCUCGAUGUAGAGGGCAACACUGUGCUUCACGCUGCAGCCUCUGUAGGCUCUAUUGACCUGGUAAAAUAUAUAAUAAAGGAAACAGAAGUAAAAGUCACCACCAAGAACAAGAAGGGUUUUGUAGCGGUUGACCUUCUCAACAAAGAUGAUGGAGAUUUCCUUCAGCUAUUUACCGCUCUGAUGAUGUGUGAUCUGGAAAUAGUAAUUGAACGCCCACCGAGUCCUAGAGAAAUGGGAAAUUUUGAUAGCCAAGAAGUCGAUGACUUGAAGCUCCAGAAGGAAAUUGUAAGAGUUAAAAGUAGUCCAAACAAAAAAUUUGAGAUGCAAUUGGAGGCUUUGCAAAGCGCUAGGAAUACUCUCACCAUUGUCGCGGUCUUGAUUGCAUCGGUUACUUUUACAUGCGGUAUAAACCCACCUGGUGGGGUCUAUCAAGAAACAUCUUCCAUAGGGAAAUCAACUGCGGCAAGAACCUUAGCUUACAUGAUCUUCACGAUAAGCAAUAGCAUCGCUUUGUUUACAUCAGUGAGUAUGGUCGUUCUUCUCGUCAGCAUUAUACCAUACAAACAGGAAUCACUUUUGAAAUUCUUAAUUAUAGCUCAUAGGAUGAUGUGGGUGGCUGUUGGAGCCAUGGCAAGUGCUUAUGUCUCUGCAACAUCGGUAAUUUUACCUAAUUUUGGAGAAACCAAAUGGUUACUCUAUGCCACUCUUGCUAUCGCUAGCUUGACGCUAGGAGUUAUGUUUGUUUAUCUACAUUGCAAGCUGGCUAAAUGUCAUAAAAGGAAGGUUCAUCUUCUUGGCCGCUUGACUACCCCACCAGUACGCAAUAGGUACGUAGACAUGGCCGCUAAUAUCGAAAAAGGCUACUAUAGUUUAUCAUGA